AAAGGCACCCCAACAUGCUUACAGCAAACGUUUCUCGUCCGCUCUCCUCAGAGUCCCCGCCUUCCUCCCUUGCUUCAGACUCUUCUCCUGAACGUUCCUUCUCUUCCGUUACGCAAGAGCGACCAACUUCUGCUAUACCGCCUCCCGAUUUCGUCGAUGACAUUGAUUCAAGUUUUGCGGAUCUGGCUGGAGAGUCACCUCCGAGUUCCCUUGCAUCAAACUCUCCAACACGAUCUAUGACACCCUUACCUCAGCCACCGGAACCCAUUGACAUUUCUGAACCGGAGAAUACACCUCCUCCAGUGCGAACCCUUUUCCCAAUUGCACCAGCUGCAGUACCUGACAAGAUCAUACCACGUCCCACACAAGCCACCGAUAGCACUCAAACGGAUUCAGAACCACUCGACUUUGCGUCGGCAUCGCGUCAAAUAAAAGAAUGUUAUGGGCAAGCUAGUCGAAAAGCUGACUACAUACGUGCUGUUAUGUCUUUCGGUACCGGGUCUGCCUUGGAGGUGUACGAUAUGGCGCAGUCGAUAGAUGAAUUAAGCGUGAAUAUUAGCAGAUUGAAGAGAUAUGAUGAUUCAAUUCGCAAAUUGAUGGAGGAGGCAGUGAACAAAACCAAGGCCGAGUAUGAAACACGUUUGAAGAACCUCCGAAUUGAGAAAGAAAAACUAGCGAAACAUGAAGCAGCAAUUGCCAAAGCCGAUGAACAUAUCGCAAAAAUGGAUCGACAGGUGGAGGACUUGCGAGCAAAACGUAUACGCCUAGAGGCAGAAUAUCAACUAGCUUUGCAACGGAAGUUGGCGGAGGAGAAAGAAGAGGCUGUAAAGCAAAGAAAUCAGGUCCGCCUCAUGAUGAAAGUGCUCCUGUCGUCCUUCGUACUCUCCUUUGGUGUCUUCCUUCCGCAAUUUACCUACUUUUUGUUUUCCCUGGCAGUUCUUUCCAUCCAUGUGUAUGCUGUAGUGGGCUGAGGAAUGGCCGCAUGUCGGUUCGUGCCAAACUCUUGUAUUUACUUGUGUACCAUGAUUGUAAUAUAAGGCGAAGACUUGGGACACUUCUUUUUGCCCUACUCAAAUGGA